GAAAUUCUUUGGAGCUCAGUGGCCCAACAAGAUUAUAAUCCGAAAAAAAAGAAACGAAAACCCAAAAAUUGAAAUUGCAAUUGAAUCGAAGGGAGAAGAUUGAUCCAGCCAUGGAAGAAUCAGCGUCGGAAAAUGAAAAGCGUUACUUUGUUUGUGAGAUUCAAUGCUAUGUCUGUGUGUAGUUGAUUUCAAUGGCGGCCAAAAGCUUUCUUCUAGCGGCUUCUUCUCUCACAGAAUUCUUGAGUUUUGGUCAGAAUCUCCAUUGGUUUAGAAAAGAAGAGUUCAUUGUUCUGAGCAGAAGAAAGUAGAAAGAAA